AUGUCCCCGGAGGUGAGUUGUGGUGGCGAGUUGGAAAAAGUCAUCGCACCGAAGGGCACAAUCCAAGCCGCGAACGAUACGGAAAGUUUGUAUCAUGUCUCCGCGCAACUGCCUAUAACUCAGAGGAUAGAGAUUAAGGUUAGUUAAGCGGAUCUCGUAUGGCAGUGCACUUUGACCUCUUACUAAUUUUGUGGCUCGCCUCUGCACCCUUUCGAGCAGAUCGUAAUCCUGGUGCGUCCACGGUCUCCAGGCCUGAAUUGCAUAUUCGAGAUGGGGCCUUAUAAACGUGCCGAAGACUUUGGUGAAGCAGUCUUCAUCGAAAACUACGAAUGCCCGCUUGAUGGCAUAUAGCAUUGAAGUUGCGGCCUUGGCCGAAUUACAGCACUGUGUAGAAGGCUUUAGGCUGUCUGCAACCCAAACUCCGAGAUCUUUCUGAGUUUCUGCUUCUCGGAGUGGCAUUCCGUUCAGCUGGUAUUGCCGCGUACUAGGGCUCUGAUUUCCGAGGCGCAGAAUGGUGAAUUUGUUCAAAUUGAAGGCCAAGAGCCAUCUGCGGGACCACUCGUCCAACCGACAAAGAUUUUCUUGGAAGUUGGUCUCAUCGGCAGCAUUCUGGAUAACUUUCCAGAUUUUUAUGUCAUCCGCAAACAUGGCACAAUCACAGUCCAACCCAUCUACGCAAUCAUUGAUGAACAAGAGAAAGAGAGUUGGUCCGAGCACCGAGCCUUGUGGGACCCCACUCUCUAUGAAUGUGCACCUUGAUUGCUGUUGUUCUACGCAGACAAUUUGGGAGCGGCCGACAAGGAAAUUUUCGAUCCAUUUGAGAAGUUUGCCACCGAUGCCCAUAAUUCUCAACUUGUGUAGGAGACGCUGGUGCGGAACACUGUCAAACGCCUUCCGAAAAUCAAUAUAGGCGACAUGCACGGUGUGUUUUGCGUCCAGUGCUCGUGUCCAACUUUGCAUUGUGUAUAGCAAGUUCGUAACACAUGAUCUUCCCCUACGGAAACCAUAUUGUGUAUUGGACAAGAGGUUGUGGGUUUCCAAGUAAGCCAUCAACUCCUUUUUGAUUGUUUUCUCCAUCACUUUGCAGCAGAUCGAUGUCAGACUGACGGGUCUGUAGUUUGUCGCCUGAGCACGACUACCGCUUUUGUAAAGGGGUGUAAUGUGGGCCGUCUUCCAAUCUGUGGGAAGAAUUCCAGCAUCAAACGAUUUUUGGCACAGAAAGGAUAGUGGCUUGGCCAGCUGUUGGGCAAGCUCAAAGAGCAGCUUUGCUGGAAUCUCGUCCGGACCGGGAGAUUUACAUUCCUUCAAGCUUUUCAGUUCUUUCAAAAUCGCCUCUUCUCGAAACACAAUAUUUUCGAUAGUGGGAUCUCUCAUGUUCUCAGAAUUAGAUGGGGUAAAGUCCGCUUCUCUGGUGAAAACGGAUCGGAAAAAUUGAGAAAAGUGCUCAGCCUUAUUUGUACUGUCCGAUAUCUCCAAGCCGUCAUCACCCCUCAUAACAGGAAUGGGAUUCCUGUUACGUGUGCUUUUCCGCAAAUAGCUGUAGAGCAAUUUCGGAUUUUUAACGGCUCGGUGGAGCAAAUUACUCUCAAAAUCCCGUCUCCUUCUGAAAAUCAGGCUUUUCACCUUAUUUCUUUGAAUUUUGUAUUCUGUAAACGCUGCAUUAUUGAUGUUCUCGCGAAAUUUUUUCCAUAAUCUACCUUUCUUGUUGAUCUCCCUUUUGAGUUCUCGUGUAAGCCACUGAGGGCGGUUGGAUGUCCUAGGCUUUGAUAAGGGACAGUGGUUCUUCAUUAGAUGCAGUAAACGAUCCUUGAAUAAAUUCCAGUCCUCGUUAACGUUUCCGGAGAAGAGAACAUCCCAGUCUAUUUGUGAUGCCUCAGCUCUCAUUUGGCGAAAGUCCCCUUUCCAUAUAUUUGGCCUCGUAUUGUCUUUUGUACACGGUUCAGAAUACAGCAAGUACUCGCAUAAAAGCACUGCAUGAUCACUUCGACCGAGCGGGGGUAGUGGUCAACCUGCAUAUAGCAGUGUAUAACGGAUUUCAUGAAGGGGUACGUAUGCGGGCCAGAAAGGACUGAUCUACAUGCGGUAUUAAGAAGGAGGUUCGAAAUGGAUAUCACCAAUGCAGAAUUCAUAGGCCGGAUGAGGUUUUUCACUUCAAAGUGCUUACGAUUCAUCGAAUUAAUUCGGGGAUGGAAGACCUUUUAUGUGUGCUGAUGAUUUGAACGUUGCCUACGGAGAUAAAUCAUCGGAUUGCGACAUCUUGCUCGGGAAAUUGAAGAUCGAUCUUCGGGCUCUUGCCCAGUAAAGCUGCACAUGGCAUCCUUCCUUUCCUUGGCACAAAUGCUCAGUUAUGGUUGUUUGCGACGGCUAUCAGUCUCAGCUAAACACCGUCUAUCACGAUAUAAAUGUGCCCGGAGGUAUAAAGGACCUGACUGCAUCGUACUCCAAGAUUCUUAGUCCUUCAAAUGUAACCACGUAAUAUUCAUCGAAUGCCGACAGGCGACUAGUAGUAUAUUUUAGGGUUACGAGAUACCUUUCUAGCAGCACAGGUAAUCGCAAAACACCCACACACGCGUGUUUUGCCGACGUUCUGCCGCUGCAAAUCUAGAGACCUGGGUGACGUUGCCAAUGAUCGAUCGGUCUGGAGAAGAGCGGUAAAGACCGGAGUAGCUGUUUACUAGUCCCACCGGUUCGCUGCCGUCCAGAAUAAAUCCAGGGCCCACCAGUCUCAAACGAUGCAGACCCGCAAUUCCAAUACCGAACCCAUCUCAAAGUGGCGCGUCGUCAACGGACACUUCGCGUGCGGCACAACGACUCAGUUUACUUCCCUUUUCUUCUGCCUCCACAAACGUUCCCAUUGUUAUUUCCGUCGCAAUUUUCACGACGUCCACUAUGACCGUCACCACCAACUGUGUGCAAACCGCCGAUGUCCCGUCAUGGCGGUCACCGCUGCCCAUCACUGCUCUAUCAUCAAUACCGCAACCCUACGUCAGCGGCAACGACAAUUAUUACCAUUCCAAAUUCUGCCACCGCUGAGUACAGCCUUGAUGCUCAACCACAAGAUAUCGUCACCGCCACCAAAUAACCGGUCCCUCCACCUGCAAUGGGGAUUUAAUCCCCAUCUCUUCUCAUUGCGGUCGCGCUCUCACGUCGUGCAUUGAUCUGGUCGGUCACUUACGUAUCCAUUGCACUGAGAUUUGUGAGCUGGUGUCAGGGGCACCUAACCACCCUUGUCUGGUACGGAGCUGAAAUCUCAUGAAAAGGAAUUGUGACCACAAAGUCCCUGCAUUCAUUAAUAAACAUAGAACAGAUAGGGAUAUUUAUUCUUUCCUCCCUUUAUCGUCUCUAUUGUCUAUGUAACCUGACACCAAAUAUCCCUUAAGGAGCUUAUGAUAACAUCCCUUUCGAUAAAACCCUGCAUAGUAGUUGUACGUAAGUCUAUAUUAAAGUCAUAUUAAACCUAUAUGCAACUAUAUUAGAUCACUGUAAACAGUCGACCACUACUCCUAUAAUGUCACAUUCACAAGAACAACACUAUUUUGACAGCUUUGAUUGUGGCUUACCAUUGAAUCUUUUUUACUCCUGAUAUAUGUUCAUCUUUUCCAUCUCUUAGUCCAGGCAAUUAUGGCAAGCCUCCUGAAAAACACGAAGAAAAUGUGCGACCGCUCAUUUACAGCUGGCCAAAUAGACUGACAACCACCAACUAGAACACACCGAAUUUUACCCAACUGGAAGAUACUUUCAAGGUCAGGCUGAUAUCAAAGUUCUUUAAUUUCAAUGAAGGACAUAUUAUUCAUGCCCCCUCAGAAACUACCACACUGCACACUUCAAGUUUAUAUUGUGCAUAUCGUUAUUUCUUAAAACUUUUGUGAUUAUUUUUUCCACGGAACUCUGGUUUUUUUUAAACUUGAAACAAACUCUCAAUUCGCCCUGUAGGGGCUAAACAGACACCCAAAAUAAAUGAAGUCAAAGUGAAGUCGAAAUGGGUGAAUUUGUUUUGGGUUUUUUCCCUAUGUUCAAGGGAGACUGGACGUACACAAUGGGCGCUAUAAUGAACCUAUUCUAUUCUACUCUAUUCUUGUGCCACAUAUCCCCGUUCUGGCCUGCAAUCAUCUUCCAGACCGCAGUUGUUUUAUUUGCAUAACCGACAUCCAAGGAAAAUAUUGUUGUAAUUAUUGUAACACUGGCUAUCCAAGAACCAGCGAACUCUUUGCGGAUAGGUCCGGAAUUUUUUCACUACUCGAUUAACACUAUAACCCUCAGAUCUGUGCGGAAUAGAAGAGAGACAGGAUACCACAGAACAACUUAACUGUGUCAAUCACCCUGUAUACAUCAACUGUAAAUCCUUCUGUCCAUGCCUUCGUAUUUAAGGUUUCGGCCUUUGUCUGGUUUACGUGUUUCUACUGGUCCAGGCCUGAGCGUCCGCAUGGGUAGACCCUCACUUGAGGGCCGCGCGUUACUCCGCCGCGUGCUAAUUUCUGGCUCACAGGCUGGCUUCCUAGGCGAGGCUGCCUGCCUUUUUGAGGUUCUUUGUCUGGCGUGACCUCCGGACGACAGAUGAUGUCUGUAAAUCAAAACUAAACAUUACUAUUAUUAUUAUACACCUGCUGCACCCAUUUCACCUGUUGCACUUCCACGCACAUUCAGCCACCGCAAACAAAUAGCCGACUAUACCGCAUCCACGACAACAGAAUUCACUACGACGUCGAUGAAUGAAAUUCAGCACAUGAGUCUGUAAACUCUGUCACUGCCAGCACCGCCGAUCGCCCGCCAUCUGCGGCACUGUCACUAGAAAAUAAGCAGCCCUUAUCCAUCUUAUCUACUCUUUCAACCCACAUACGAACCACGCAUUUUCCCUGUCGGCCACUAAAAAAUCCAACGCCCGCCUCAUCCACAUGAAAUGUUUACUAACAUUCAUUUGCUACAGGGACCGACUCCGUCAUAUGCGACUUCACAAAAACGGCGUGGUAAAACGCCGCAGUUCGAAUCCGAUCUUUCUAUGUCUCAUAAAUAAUCAAUGUAUUGGUAGGAGAAGCUUACCGAUCGUUCUUACGGAACUCACUCGUUCCGCUGAGCCUUAUGGGCUCUCUCUCGAGUCCAACCAGCAGCCGCACAGCGGUGCAUGAUAUUGGCAGAAUGACAUUACCGACAAUGGCAUGGGUGAUGUCGGUAAUGUCAUUUUAAUCUAUGCAUCACACACAAAACCUCCUCACAACUCUCGACACACGAACAGGACACAUACUGCGACCCACGGAGAUGGGCUGUUGCAGCUCUGUCAGCCACGGCGUCCUGUUUCAGUACAAGAUGUCAGUUAGCACACAAAAGAAGAGUGGAUGAGACCUGCCCUGAAGACAUUUCAGUGAAUUUUCGAAAUGUAAACAGUCUGGGACUUUUUAAAAUUAUCCGAACAAGCUGAAUGAUGUGACUGCAGAAACUGGACCAGUGUAGUAUUACGCACCAUAAUGCCAUUCGAGCGACGCAUUUAUGUUCGCAAUAAAUAACUGCAUACAUUUCAGGAACGUUUGCUCAAGGUAUUUCUUUCCGUCUCAUACUCAUUGCACAUGCUUAGUGACAUUCACUUUGGCGCUUACAGACCAUUGACAUGGUACAACUUUCUCUGUAGCCCACAUGCAGUUCGCGACGAAAUAACUGCUAAUGCUGUAAACGCUUGUAAUAGUUCAUCCACCCUAACAGUUUUAGCAUUUUCCGCAUGGUUGGUUGAUAAUGGAUUUUCCAAAGUGGUUGAUGUACUUCCGCUGCCUGUGACAAAUGGUCACUUCGGAUUUACACGCAUAAAUUUCACUCAAAUAAGCUAGACCAAACUGAACGUUUGAUGAUGCAGUAAAAAACAAUGGGCUCUGGAUCUUGCACGAAGAGUUAUAGUCAAAAGUCCUAAUGAAAAAAUCUGUUGAACCCGUGACAAGAUGUUAAGGGUGCCACAGUCCACUCUUAACUGCUGUGUGAUAUCGACGCAAUCAAGUCUUAGAGAUGAGUAUGGAAAGGGAAUUGAAAUUAAUAGCUUGAUUCACUCACAAGCUUAACGAUUAGACUUCCCUUUUAAUUGGCUGUAUUUCUACAAAAUAAAAUACACGAGGACAUUUGGGUGAUACAGUUGUCGGUAUUUGACUGAACUGAUUAAUGUACUUUAUUGUAAACCCGCGAAAAAUAAUCAAGACGUCGACGCGCGGACAGCCAGAAACCAAUUUACAGACUAAAUACCAUAACAACGCUUAUAGAGUUGGCGUAUAUAAACAAAACGCUUUUCAACAAUUUUGACUACGUUUUUAGGGCUUUCUUUAGACGGCGCCCUAAGCAGUUUAAAAAAUGUUGAUUGUUACAUUUGGUUCCGGCCACAGGUGUGCUGAAUAUCUCUUUUAGAAGGGAAAUGUUCACGUUCAUUUUUCACAAGAUCGCGAGAGAGCCUAUAAAAGUAGUUCAUGGAGCCCAAAUCUUUUCAAGCAUGCUUAUUACUCAUAUGGGCCAUGAAGAUUACACUGCUCACUAUAAUAGAAAUGAUGGCCGGCAUAUCCUUAUAUUUAUUUCAUUCAGAAUCUCAAAUAAAAUCUUCCUGAAUAAAAUUUUGUUCUCCUUUUCCACCACUUAUUCUCCUUGUUGUCUUCAAUUAUUGGCAGCUUUCGAAGACUCUCUUGAAGUGCUCGUUGCUUUUAAAUGUCAGAAAGGAUGGUUCUAUCAAAAACCGUGUGAGCCCCGUUAGAAAUAAUUAACACGGACUAUGUAGAGCCUCAUACGCUUAUGACGAAUAUCCUCCGUCCUGUAUGAAACUUAGUCUACUUGAUUACGCUCUUGUUUGGACUAUACUAUAAAACUGCUUAAUAAGUAAUUUAUAGCCAACUGCAUAAAUAACCUUGUCUAUGUACUGUAAGACUGCAUUUAUAUGCUCCCCUCGGCCUAGCUUGCUAGCUAGGAAUUGCGUUGUGACCUUGUACUUCUUUAAGGAAGCCGUACUGACUGAAGCCAAGAUGUCGGCGUAUAUCAAGGAAAAUUCCAGGUCGUCAUGACGGUUUAUAGGUUGAGUAAGUCAGUGUUAGUGGUUGUUUCCUCGUGGCGCCCUUGAUGCAGUCGCGUGUGUAAUGCACAGACGUGCUGUUUAACUCUGUCAUCCCCUGCCCCCAAUCCCCACAUCGAAUGACUGACUGUCUCGGGGUAGUGAACUGGUGCUGGCAGAGAGAAGAACGGGUAGGGAGUCGAUGCAUAUUCUUCAUUACAAACAAUCUGACGUUCUUUUAAACUACAACGGUGCGCCGAAGCUGUGCCUUGGAAGGCUUUCAGCUGACGGGCUCACUCGGUCUUCCGGUGAGGACGGAGAGUUAGGCCGCAAUGUCUCCUUCUUAAUGUUGCAUCUUUGGCACUCUCGCUCAGUAGGAAACCGAAUCGCCCCAGUCUCUCAUGUGUGAGAAAGACCGUCCCAAUUGCGCGCAAACGAGCUGCUUAGAUUUACCAGCCAUUGCGCCUGACCCUGCCUCCGGUAUUCUUGACUAUAUCUUGACACCGGGUUGCAGAUGUGGUCAGGGAUGAGAGGGUACGGCAGACGCCGCGCAAGUCACCAUUCCUGCGUCCACCCGGAUGUGGGGAACGCCAUGGAUUUCGUCCCUAAUGACAGUCGAACUGUCACAUAGACGGCCGACUAGGACAAGCUGUGGGCGGGCACAGUCACAGAAAGGUUCAGAGAAGAGUGACAUCGUUAAUAUUGUUGGUGCUUUGGACAGCGGCAGCUACAAUGGGGCCCUGGUAUUGUGAUGGAUUUGAAGGCAUCCUACAAGGACGUUUUGGAACCCCAAGACUCUCUGAGAUUGCGGACACAUUAAAAGAUGUUGCCUAUGUGCGACAUUUGUCAUCGGAAUCCUGCUCUGCAUGUCUCUGUCUCAUAUUUCAUGGCAUCUACCCAGACCUGUCGCUUCUGCGCUAGGGCUUCACACCUGUUAUGAUCUAAUCAGUGACACUCCGGUAGAUUCUCCAGAGUGUUUUUUGGCGUUCUUUUUGUCGUCCUUGUCAAUAAGCGCUUGCAAUGACGCCCCCGCGGAAAGGGUCACAUCGAGAAACUCCGUAUGCCUGUGUGAGCCGAUCAAGCGCCCAAUUUUCCGAAGUCUGUCUGUCAGUUGACUGCCACGACAGCCAUGCUGACCCGCAUGCAUACCGCUAACACGCGGCCACCCCCUUGGGCGUGACUAGAGGCACCUCUUGUACAGCUGCGUUGAGUCGUAAUCGCAGCCGUGAACAGGCGCUACCGGCCGGCAUUUCGGUCACCGUAGUUUGUCAUUCUUGACCUGACUAUGACCCUUUGUAUCUCCUGCUCAUGAAACUCCCGACGAAGCCCAUGGGCCAACCAAUCAGAUGUCCAACGUUCAGCCGAUCAGAGGGAUGUGACGGUAUUCUGUCACGCAGACACGUACAUGAGAGGCCCGCGCCAAUCACAUGUUGCUACUCACGUAAUCCCGGAAAAAUGUCUUGAUCUGGCCCACCAGCAAACUGUCAACUCAAACGACCAAUUCUCUGUACAGAAUAAAUAAGUUCUCACUGCUCUCUGGUUUUAGUCUUUAUAAAAAACGAACCUGUGACAUCAGCGUUUUCACUUCUUUUCAAUACCUUGUUACGUGUCUACUGUGCACAUUUGAGUAGACAUAGUUUGGAGUUAAAGGAUUUGAUUGUGCUACUUCGCUUUCAUUCCUUUCAUUGUGGCACUAUGUUGCCCGACGCUAUUCGCUGGACAUGUGACCAAAGUUGGUUCGAUGUCCUUGGCCGCUACGAGUCACAUUCACUGUGACCGCACCUUAGAAGUUGGAUAUGCCUUAGCAUGCCAUUCGACACCAGAAACUAGAUAUCCGAGAUCCGCUUUUGCCACUUUAAUUUAAGCAUUUUUCAGGACAGCCUUGUAGGAAAUGGCCCAGUUUCGUUGAUUGGUUUUGCAGACUGUGCAAGAUUCCGUUCCGUGGAGGACAUGGCACCGUAUAUCCACAGCUUGGUAUUCAGGGAGAUGCGACGGCAAAUUCACACGAACGAUUGAGGCCCUCCUGGCCGACUCCGGUGACUCAAGCAACAGUCUCCUCGUUAAUUCUGAUAUGCAUCUAAAUGAUGCAUUACGGGUAAGUAAAUUUGUCUGCAUCGUUCAGCGUUCAUUGUUGGCUGUUGGAGGAGGACGUUGCCAAUGUUGUAAUCGUGAUUAGAAGCCUAUAUGUUAUGAGUUUUAGCCAUAUGCACUAGCCUGAUUAAGAACGACAGUAAGAACAGCCAAUAUGAGAACAAAAUGAUUAUUUAGGUAUCCAACGGCUUGAUCUCCAUGCCCAGAUAUGAUGUGCGUCCCUCCUUCAUAUCGUUUUGAUUGCGUUAAAACAAAUACCACAGUUAAAGAAAGGUGAUCGGACUGUCAACGGUUAGCUAGUUGGGCAGAUCGGCACAUUGAUUCUGUAUAUUCGCUGUCGGUGCCAGUUCACGCAUGGCGAACCAUUUCUCGUGUUAAUAGUUAAUCCAAAUUCGGCGUAUAUGGAGACGGAUUGUGCCUCAUUUACGGUGCACGAGGCAUAAACUUCAAUGAAGAGAAGGUCGUGUUUCCCGUACUUACAGUGUUUCUGCGCACACAGUAUGCGACGAGUUUGGAUAGUUUCCCAUUUUUUCUGAGUACUGACAUCAAUUCCUGAUCAUCCACUUUUGUAGAACCCACGGGGUUAAAGAGGAUCGAAGCGAGUUCGCUAAAUUGCUUGAUCCAAUUUGCCACUGUGGAGGUCUCCCAGACUGAUCCGUUAUCCGUGAACCCCUCUACCAUGCCGCCAUGGAGUGGUCUAACUAACAACUUGAACUGCUUGAGACAUACUUAUUUCUGCGAGUAUUCCCAUGUUACAAUUGAGAAGUCAAUUUGGCAGUGUUUUCGGCAAUUCGUCAUUAGGACAAAGCAGUUGCAUGAAAGUUAAAAAUAUGCGAAGUUCAUAUGGUCUGUAAGUGAUUCAGGGGCUUUUUACACUCAUCGUUCCCACGCCACCCGCAUGGUGAGGUCGGCGUCGUAUGGUCAUUGGAUCAAGGGGGCGAGUGGGAGGGGUGACAUAGGCUGUGAGUGAUGUCCGUAAGUCGGGUGCGUUGAGCACACAUUACUGCCAUCAGGAAUUUGGGGCGACGCACAAUAAUCAUCUGGGAUCGGCGUUGGCCACGGAAGACAGAGCGCCUGUGUCAACGUCUUCUGACAACAUAACACUGGAUGGGCUGGCCGCAUAGCCACUGCCUCGUCUGUAGCUAGCAUCCGUUGGCGAAGGCCUCUGGAGAAGCUUUCUGGUGUCCGGUAGACAACCUGAAAAGCUUCUUUGGCAUCGACUCGGUGAUUCGCAUCGACAAGAUGUGCGAGAAUAGAACUCGGUAUCGAUUUGUUUUCACCUCUGCCUAGCCAGGCCAAUAUGUGUUCAUGUACUCUCUUUUCCAGGCGCCUUAACUCACCACUAUUUUCAGGAGUAUGGUUCGAUCCCCGGCACUAACUAUUCUGUUAGAUCGAAAAGAUAGAAUCGUGAAUGAUUCAAAUUGUCGAGUAUUUUCCCUAUAGUUGUCACGCUAUGAUGAUCGGAUCCGUCGUUUCUGAUGUGUCUGAAAUCCGCAUGGGCAGCGCCUGUUGGCUACGGCAGAGGCGGCUGCAAUCAGGUUACGUGAACCGGUCCUAUGCGCGCAAAAGAACUUCAUACAGGUCCCACAGUUGCCAUGGUUCAAAGCCACCAAGCCAGUCGUCCGCAUAUGAUUACCUUUAUUGGGGCCCACUUUCUUCCUGGCGCUGACUGAAAUUUUGGUGUUUCACUCUCAUCAUUUCUUCUCCAAACGCGAGCUACAGCUUAAUUAUCUACCUGCCCGUAUCUUUUACUUCAUUAUUUCAAUAGCCAUAUAAUGAGAAUUUAUCUAAAGCAGACAUAUGCUCGCCAAAUUGCCUUUUGAAUUUUCCAAUGGGAAUUUUCGCAACUCUAAAACAAUCAAAAUAGAGUCGCAGUGAUAAUCACUUUGCUCGCUGAUCUGUGCAGCUCCGAUCUUCGUAGAACUUGUACCUCCCAUGCCCAUCGAUUGAGAUUGUGGAAUGAAAUAUCUGACAAUCAUGCAGAAUUGUUAUUCAUAGAGUGCGAAGAACAUCGCGGUUUAUCGGUAAUUACUUCCAGGAAUCAGGUAUGGCAGCUUUUUUGUGAUGUGGAUUUUAAUAGCAGGAGAGAACCCAACGUACCGUCUAUGUUUCUUUGAUUGACCACCUCUGAAAUAAAGGUAUGUCCAGCCCCUACCUCUCGCAGGUACCUCUCUUCUGAGGAAAUAAUCGCACAGAACGAUGUUCACAUCGAAUGAAGACGGUCUACGGUCUACUAGAAAUGUCCUCCAUUCUGGUGAGGCAGUGGACCAGUUGUACUGUCAGAGCGGGUAAUGUAAAUCAGAUGGGGUGGGGUUGAGACGGUGUUAGUUGCUGACAGCAUAACAGACAACAUUUUAUGGCGCUUUAAUAGCUGUUAAUUCACUAUCUCGGGCGACAGCCGAAUUCCGCCGUAACUUUCGACUUCUGCCGAUCGAGAGAACACCCCUGAUUAGACUCGAUUGUCCAAUAUCGCAAAACUGACUUCUGCUACAAACGCUAUAUUAAUACGGAGCUACAACAACCAUAUGAUCAUUCCAAGGUAAGGCGGGAUUAUCACGCCAGCCUUUCAAAUUUUAGAUGUUAGCACGCCGGAGUUCCAAAGUGCUUUUUGCUAUUUCUAAUGAUGAACUCGGUGCCGGACCCUAAGCAUAAUCGCCGUCAUCCUCUUUCUUCUCCCUUGCUGUAUAUCUGCGCUUACUCAGAACGGAGGCCUUUGAAUUUGAGUUGGGGAGCAGUGCUGAUAUUUGGUGGAGCCUCCAUCUAAGGUGCGCCACGCGCGAACACUCACCUACUAUACAGGCGUUGACGAAUGACGGAAGAAGUCCACGUGACGAAUUGACCUCAAAGACGCGAUGAAUGUCGGCGUAGUCAAUUUAUUGGCUGGUUUGAUUCCUCUACCCGUGGCCACCUAGUCCUAGCGAUCGGGAAUAUUCAAGUCACGCAUUAUUCAUCCAGAGCGGGAGUCACGUUUCAUGAUGUGACACACACGUCUGCCCACCGUAUGCAGAGGGCCAGUGUACGGUUGGGCGUCCGCAUGAUAACCCAUUGGCGAUCAAAAUGAUGAAGACCAAUACAUUCGCUGUCCACAGGUCUAUCUGCAACGAUACAGACGAAGCUUCCACCUGGAUGCAAGAGUCUUCUUCCUCGGACAUUUCUACCUAAUUAUCAUCUUGCUUUUCACCACUAACAUUUCGACCGUCGUUUCUGGUAAAGUCUAUCGUGUGCCCCACAGGGAGGCGGACGACGACUACACCACCACCACAACCACCACCACCACCACCACCACCACCACCACCACCACCACCACCACUUUCACUGCCAUUAUCAAUAUCACUAUCAUCUCAUGCUCCACUUUCUUAAUCUCCUCUUCUCCUCAGUCUGCGCGUAGCCAUUUCUACAUCCCAUAA